AUGCGAGAAAUCGUGACGCUGCAGUUUGGCCAGCAGGCUAACUACCUUGGCACGCACUACUGGAACACUCAGGAAUCCUACUUCACUUACUCCGGCGAGGACGAGUCUCCUGUAGAUCAUGACAUCUCCUUCCGCGCGGGCAUCGGUGCUGAUGGGGCAGAAACCUACACUCCUCGCACACUGCUGUACGAUCUGAAGGGCGCCUUCGGCACUCUCCGACGCGAGAAUGCACUCUACGAACUGCAGAAUCAAGAGGAUCCAGCUCGUCAAGGCCAAUGGACCGGGGUCAGAGAAGCUCUUCACUUACCACGUAUCGCUGCGAGUCCGUAUCAAACCGCACUGGAUGCUGGAGUGCCGCCCCCCAGCUUGAGUACCGACUCCGUUCGCUUCUGGUCUGAUUAUAAUCACAUCUUCUACCACCCUCGAAGCAUCAUUCAGCUGAGCGAAUAUGAGCUUAACAGCGAUCUCAUGCCGUUCGAACUGUGGUCGAAAGGUGAGGAGCUCUUUGCCAAUCUCGAUCGAGAGCAUGAUCUACUAGACCGUGACCUGCGACCCUUCUUGGAAGAAUGCGACCAGUUGCAAGGUAUUCAGCUCUUCUCUACUACAGAUGACGCUUGGGGUGGCUUUGCGUCCAAAUAUCUCGAGCGCGUCAAUGAUGAGCUUGGCAAAGGCUGCCGAUGGCUCUUUGGCCUUUCCGACUCUCAGCGUACCACGCGGGACCGACAGUCACAGCGACUGGCCAAUACUGCGCAAUCUUUGUAUGCCCUCGAUCCCUCCGCAUCGAUACACAUUCCCGUGCAUAACCUACCGCCACACCUACCGAGUUAUGUCUCGCUGGACGCGUUCAGUCAAUGGAGCACAUCGGCUUUACAGGCGGCGGCCAUUGAAUCAACAACUUUGCCAACUCGUUUACGGUCUGCACAGUCAGGACGAGCAACGUUCGAUACUCUCGAAACGACUUUGAAUGGCGACGGAAACCGUCGUAUCGCCGGCCUAUCUUUGUCAGCGAGCGUCACUUCUCUUACGAGCGAAAUCCUCGACAUCGACUUCUUCCCGCAUGUAUCCGCAUCUUCUGCAUCCGAAUCUCGGCGACAAUCCAGAACUUCAAAUCCCCAGAUCUUCAGCAAAGUAUCCACAAUACGAAGUGAGACAGCAAGUGACCACGACGACGGCCAAGAUACAACAGAGACACGACGCCGUCAGUAUGGUGGUCCCCGAACGUCCAAGUUUAUGACCGCUCUUCUCUUUCCGAUGCUAUCUUCUUACCCCACGAGCGUCUUACACUUUCCCGGUAGGCCGCAGAAAGUCGCGGUCAAGACUGCACUCCAAACUUCGAGCCAGAUAUCUGAAAGACUGCGUGCCAUUGGUAAUGUUGCGUCCCGAAUGACAUCUGUUGAUGAGCGUGAGGCUCUUUGUGAUGGUUUGGCUGCUAUGGCUGAUGAAUAUGAAGAGGGGUGGAUGAGUGAUAGCGAAGACGACGAUGAUGAAUGAAGGUGAUAAUGUCUGGAAACGAUUGUUGAAUACGGGAGACUAUGAAAAUUAUAGAUCAAGCAGGCUACGGAAUGUUUUAGCCAGGGAGGUGGAUCGCAUGCGAUGGGAACGGUAUCGGUGAAUGCGGAGGUGGAGGGGAGAUUGUUGGGCCAACGAGGGCACGAGGGAACUGCCGCCCGAGUCGAUGACAGCGGAGCUUCGCGGAGACUGAAUCGCAAGAGAGAAUUCCCAAAAAGUUUUUCCAGGCCCGCCAAUCUCGCCAUUGAACAAAAACAGAACAGACCAGAGGGAACCCCGUCUGCCGCUCGACGCCUAGCUUUUCAAAAGCCAGUAAGCAUAAAGUAGUGCCCGAGAAACCCAAGGACCACACUUGCUCCUACCAAUUUCGAGCCGGGACCAAACCACCACGCGCAGCUCUCCGGUCGCUCGAGAUCCACCAGAUAGAGCAUUCCAAACAGCGACAACGCAGCACCACCGCACCCGUUCGAAAAGUAUGACCAGCUGAGGUCACAGAGAUACCCAGUGGCCACAAGCAAACCAACCUGAAUGGUGCUCAGCACUCCAAGCCCCAACUUUGUCCUCUCGCCGAGCCUAACAGCCAAAGAUUUCACACCCGCCUUGAUAUCGUCUUUGAUAUCCUGGUGCGCAUACACUGUAUCGAAGAUGAUGGUCCAUAGCGUGUUUGCACCAUACAAACACAACGCUCCCC